GAAAAACAAAACUAUGGAAUCAAAUUUUAUCAAAUCACAGCUUCUUUUCUCAUUUGGGGUUCAAAACAAAUAAAAAAACCCCAGUUUUAUUGUUUAAUUUCUCUGCGAUUUUAUUGUUCUGAUGGUGGCUACUAAAUUCUAGUGCAAGAUUUCUGUCGGCAAUUUCUGGGUACUGCAGUUUCUGUACAUAUAAUUCCACAUAACGAUGUCCGGCGCCGGCGAUGAGGAGAACGACGCCGUACUGAGCGAUGUCGAGGCGGAUGAUCUUGCUCCGAUUAACAUCAAAACGGCACCGGAAAAUAUAUCGGUCGAAAAGUUUAAGGAAUUACUGGCGGAGCUCGAUCGCGAGAGAAGAGCUCGCGAGGCGGCCGAGAACGCCAAGAGCGACAUCCAAGUCUCGUUCAACCGGCUCAAAGUCCUGUGCCAUGAGGCGAUCAAGAAGCGGGACGAGUGCUCUAGGCAGCGUGAUGAAGCCCUGCGUGAAAAAGAGGAAGCUUUGAAGAAGCUGGAAAAGGCCAGUGCGGAUCUCAGUGAAGAAAUUAAGUUAAAAGAGGAUACAACAAAGCAGAAGGACGAGAUCGUGAGGCAGCUGGAGGAGGUGGGAAAAGCUCGAGAGUCCAAUAGGGUUGAACUGGAGACAGGGUCCUCCAUGUUGGUGAGCGGUAUUGAGAAAAUAUCGAGGAAAGUGAGUAGUUACAAGGAUUUUGGAGGGAAUGGGCUCCCAAAAUCCAAUAAGUACUCCGGUUUGCCUGCUGUAGCUUAUGGUGUGGUUAAGCGGACAAACGAGAUUGUGGAGGAGCUUUUAUGUCAGAUUGAGUCGAGUAACAAGUUGAGAAAUGAGGCCCGUGAGCAGUUAGAUCAGAGGAAUUACGAGAUUGCUAUUGAGGUCUCACAGCUUGAGGCCACUAUCAGUGGGUUGAGAGAAGAAGUAGCCGAGAGAAGCAAAGAGAUUGCGAGCCUGAGACAGUUGGUGGACAUGAAGGAUGCCAGAGUAGCCGAUUUAGAGAGAGAAUCUAGUGAGAGACUGGAAAGUAUGAAGGGUGAGAUCUCGGGGUUGAGUGUGUUGGUAAGCGAGAAUGAGUCGAAAAUCGAGGCGCAAAGGCCCAUGUUGAUCAAUCAAUUGAAUUAUGUGUCCAAAGUGCAUAAUGAGUUGUGUGAAGUUAUGAAGAUUGUUGAUGCGGACAAGUCAUCUGAACUGUCCGAGUACUUGUUCGUUGCUCAAGAGACGAACAUGGAGGAAAAUAUCAAGGCAUGUUUGGCGGGUAUGGAGUCUGUGUAUGAGUUGAGCAAAACUGUUGUCGAGAAAACGAGAAGUGUUGUCGAGGAGAGAGGCCGUGAAGUGAAAAGCCUGAAUGAAACUGUUUCCCGGCUAGUGAAAGAGAAAGAAAAAUUUGGGUCUUUGUUACGAAGCACCUUGUCUCGGAGGAUGUCGGUGGACUUGUCGUCUAAGACAAACCAAUUGUUUAAGGUAGCAGAGAAUGGUUUGAAAGAGACUGGGAUAGGUUUUCAGGCUUCAAAGGGGCAGGUUGAUCCUGAUGAGACAGAACAAAGUGAAGUAUAUGCUUUGGCUAGUGCACUGGAGAACCUAAUUAAGCAGUCUCAGCUUGAGAUCAUUGAGCUACAACAUUCAGUGGAGGAAAUAAGGGCAGAGUUGAAUUUAUAUAAGGAGCAUGCGGAUGCCCAAGCUAAGGAACUCAGUCAGUGCAAACUCCAAUUGGAGGAGCUCGAGGAGAAGGAAAGAGUGGCCAAUGAAAAUGUUGAAGGGCUUAUGAUGGAUGUUACUUCUGCCGAAGAAGAAAUCAUGAGGUGGAAAGUAGCAGCUCAGCAAGAAGCUGAUGCGGGUAAAGCAGUCGAACAAGAGUUUGUUGCUCAGUUGUCAGCAGCUCGGCAGGAACUCGAGGAGGCCCGACAGGCAGUAAUGGAGACGGAGAAAAAACUGAGAUUCAAAGAAGAAACGGCCCUAGCUGCCAUGGCAGCACGAGACGCGGCCGAGAAGUCGUUGAGAUUGGCGGAUAUGAGAGCGGCCAGGCUAAGAGAUCGAGUUGAGGAGCUCACGCGCCAGCUUGAUGAGCUGGACACUCGGGAGACCACAGCAAGUGGGCUGAGCAGGCCCAGAUAUAUUUGCUGGCCUUGGCAAUGGCUGGGCUUGGACUAUAUUGGCGGCCCACGCUCGGAAACACCACAACAAGAUGCUGCCAAUGAAAUGGAACUCUCUGAGCCGCUUAUUUGAUUCUUGCCCGUGAGGUUUUU